AUGCUAUUCCCAGCCCUCAUCCUCCCCCUCCUCCCCCUCGCCCUCGCGCAAAAAUGCCCCAUCCAAUUCGACGGCCGCGUAGCGAACCGCUUACCACUAGAAGCGUUCGACACGAACGCGAGUCCAUAUAACCCUUCCUACGUUUUAGGUUCAAAUCAAAAAUGGAGUUCCGUGCUCAAAUUCCCAAGCGUGAAUGCGUCGCUGUUUGAUGCGAAUGUUUCCAAGGCUGUUGAAGUGACUGUGAACGACCAAUCCAUCUUCGCCCCCUCCGCCGAUAACGUGCAAAAAGGCUUCCGCCGCGCCGAACUCCUUCCCGUCUCCGUAACCGGCACAGACGCCUCGACGACCGGCCAAAAAACCAUUCAUUUCUCCGUCCAAAAAGACGCCGCGAGACCACUGAACAGCAGUCAUGAGUACCAGCUCUUCUUCCUCGAAAGCAACGAUUACAGCACGAAUCAGGUGACGUUGAAAUAUGGCACGAUCAUUGGGGGAAAGAAGAAGGAGGCGGAUAUGUUGACGGUGACUGGGAAUGUGAAUGCGAAUCCGGUCAAGACGGUUUUUGAGACGAGGUUUACGCCCGGAGUGUGGCAUAAUUUUGGGAUUGUGUUGGAUUUUUCUGCUGGAACUACGCAAGUUUACUACUCCACGAACCAGGCACCGCUUGCAUCGACCGGUAAGGCAGUCACAAAUAGUGUGAGUGGUCAGGGCCAGUAUCAUUUCGGGAUCUUGAAGAAACCUAUUGGCGGUGGUUCGGAUCUUCCUCACAGUGGAUAUCAACCAAGUAAGAUUAAUGAGGGUGUGAUAUUUGGAGGUAUCUUUGCGGAGGAUAGCAAGAAUGGUUGUGUGAGCUUGCAGAAGUAG